UCGAAACCAAACGCCACAACCCGAUCGAAAACAGACUUCUUCUCUUACAUCGUUGGUUUCUUCCACCACUCCGAUCGAUCCAACGCCGCCGUUUCAAUCUCCUCUUCGAUCGCCUGUGAUCGCUUUGAUCGGCAGAGCACCGGCCGGCGGCGAUGCAGCACGGCAGCGAUUACAGCUCGUACUACGCCCCCCAGUCCCCGCCUCCCCCCACCAAUCCCAGUUCUGUCCCCGCCGAAUUACCUCCGUCCACCCCGAUCCAGCAAUUGUACGCCUCGGCGCCGCCGUACUCCACCGAUUUCCCGCUCGCCGCUGCCCCCGGCCCCGGCCCAUCCUCCUACGCCCCCUUUUCCCAGAAUCCGGAGCCCGCUUCCUGUCUACCCCCUUCGGUGCCGUCCUACGGUCAACCCCAAUCCCAGUUACCACCCCAAUUUCCCUCAUUUCCACCUUACAAUUCGUCGUCCUACCCGCCGGAGACAUCGCCAUCGCCAACGGCAUCGCUGUAUCCUCAUCAGCAGCCCUCUUCAGUUCCAUAUUAUCCCUACGAUCCCAAUCAGCUGGCCACCGGGAGUCAUGCCUCACCUAUGAACCCAAUCUCCGUGCCCACGUCUUCCCCCAACCCAAGCUCCUCCUUGUCCUCUCCUUACACUUCUUAUAACGUUUCUCAACAGAGCUCUGCCAUGAUGCCUGAACAAGAGGCACAGUACUUCAAUGACAAUUCUGGGAGGUAUGGUGCGAGUUUGAACGAUGGGUAUGGGCACAGCCGAUCCGGUUUCGGUCAGGAGUUCCAUGAGAAAAAUCUUUAUGCUGGGAUGCACUACGAUGAGUUUGGUCCGCAGGAUGAUGGGCUUGGCGAUGGCGUGUACCAGUAUGAUGGGGGGAGAUCGGAACCAUAUGGUUCUCGUGGGACGGUACCCACUAGGUCGCCGACCCUCUUUGAUGAUUACGGGAGGUCAGUAAGCUUCCCUUCGGUUGGGAAUAACCAAGGAGGAAGCGUUGGGAAAAUCGUCAGAGCAGUGCCAAAGGAGGACAUGCAGCCGGAUGUGAAUAAUGGGCAGAAGUUCAGGGUGAAGCUGUUGCUUGAAGGGGGAGGACAGAACACUACGGACGUACUUUGCCAGAUUGGAUUGGAUGGGAUUCGCAUGCUUGACCCAAGCACUAAUAGGACAUUGAGAAUCUACCCUCUUGAGACUGUGACAAGAUGGGAAGUAUUGGAUUCAUCUACAUUUGCCUUUUGGUCCAAGAGCUUUGUUGACAUCGAUCCAAGGCGCAUAAGGCUUCAGUCAAACAGCUACACCACAAACACCAUACUUGACACAGUGACAGCUGCUACAGUGCAGCUUAAGGAGAUGGGUGGAAAUGGUAGCCUAACCAGAGGCGAAGAAGCUGCUGAUGCUAGCAAGGUAUCUGAUCAAUCAGCUGAAAGGAAAAAAAGUUUGGUGAACUGGAUGAACUUGAUUAAACCUGCUAAUGAGGAGAAAGAUCACUGGGUUCCGGAUGAAGCUGUUAGCAAAUGCACAUCAUGUGGAUCAGAUUUUGGAGCUUUCAAUCGCAGGCAUCAUUGCAGGAAUUGUGGCGAUAUUUUCUGCGACAAGUGCACAAAGGGUAGAAUUGCUCUCACUACAGAAGAAAAUGCUCAGCAAGUCCAAGUUUGUGAUAGAUGCAUGGCAGAAGUUUCUCAAAGGUUAAGCAAUGCAAAAGAAGCUGUCAGCAAACCUGCUGGUCUGCAAAGUCAUGAAGAUCUUGCGCGAAGGCUUCAGGAGGAAUUGAACAAGAAUCGUAAGUCAGGUUCAAAUUCUGAUGAGUCUUGGAAGCCAAUGAGGGAAGUAGCAUGUCCCAUCUGCACAGUCCACCUUCAGGUGCAAGUUCCUGCCUCAGGCUCCCAAACAAUCGAAUGUGGUGUCUGUCAACACCCUUUCUUGGUCAGUGCUGAUUGAUAUCUGAUUUCGCCUUGCCAUGCCAUUGCAAUUUCUAUCCUCCUAUAAUUCUCUUUGACAAGCAGUAGCAUCGCACAUGCUCUCUGCGGUCACCUUGGUUGUAUACCCAAGUUGCCUACGUUUUUGUAAGUGAACUUUCGUGAGCAUUCACCUCAUAAAAGGUCAAGUGUGGAAGCUAUGUUUUCCGAGAGUAGUGUGAAGAUGAAAACCAGGAACUGGAUGACCGAAUAAAUAGUAAUGCUUGUAAUGACUGUUGGUGUGCAAAACUUGUUCGGUAUCCACAUAGAUUUGUUGGUAGGAAUUGCUUUUGGGCACAGUUUGUGGCUACUAUGGCGGUGAAGUAAACAUAGUGACGAGUGCUUUUGUAUGCUUUCAUAUAGAAAUGAUAAUUGUCAUCGACUUUUACUAUCAACUUUAUUUUUUUUUCCUAUCAGAAAAGUGAUUCUAUGAUAUUCUA